AUGGGCGGCGUUGUCUCUGCAUUCUCUAGUACUAGCGGUGAAGACCCCAUCGCCGCGCGACAAGCUCUCGAGAAGCAACUUGCCGACAGAGAAGAAACCAUCGCGGUCCUCGAGGAAGACCUUUCCAAGAAAGAGAAGGAGUGCACAACAGUUUCCAAGGAUGCUGAGGACUUGAGGGAAAAGAUCAAGGAGCUCGAGGCCCAGUCCUCUCUCGCUCUCGACGAGACCCAUGCCCGUAUUGCCAUCCUCCAGGAUGAGUUGAAGAAGGGAGGUGACUCGAACUCUGAGGAGCUCCGCUCUACCAAGGAGUCCGCUGAGAAGAACGCCCAGGAGCUCGAGGAUGCCAAGGCAUCUCUUACUGCUACUGAGGAGAAGCUCAAGGGGCUCGAGCAGGAGAGGCAAUCCAUUGCCGACGAACUCGCCACCCUCAAGUCUGAGCUUGCCGAGGCCAAGGAGGCCCGCGAGGCCCUUGAGGCUGCUCUGACAAAGGAGAUUGCCACCCUCAAGGACCAGAUUUCCGAGGCUGAGCAGAAGCACCAGGCUCUUACCAAGGCCCACAGUACACUUGAGGAAGAGCUGGCUGCCGCUUCCAGCGCUGCCGACGAGGGCAAGCAGGCUCUGACCGGAUCCGAGGACAAAUUCACAACCCUACAAUCCAGCCACGACAAGCUUGAGUCCGAACUCAAGGCCGCAGCCACUGCCCUUGACGAACAGAAGAAGGCUUUGGCCGGUUCAGAGGAGAAGUACGCCGCCCUCCAAGUGACUCUCGACAGUGUCAAGGAACAGUCCGACUCCCAGAUCGCCGCCGCAAAGAAGGACCUCGCCGAGGCCCAGGAGAAGAUCAACACCCUCCAAGAAACACACGGCAAGCACCAGGCCGACUCUGAGAAUGAGUUGUCUGAGCUCAAGAAGCAGCUGGCUGAACUGUCUGAUCUCCAGACCAAGUACGCCGCUCUUGAGGAGACCAACAAGUCUCUUGAGAACGAGCUUGCCGAGCUCAAGGAGAAGUUCGCCGACCUCGAGAAGACCAACGAGUCUCUCAAGAGUGACUCCUCUUCCGAGCUCGUGGCCGCCCAGAAGGAUGCUGCCGAGUGGAAGGAGAAGCACAGCUCUCUCCAGACAACCCACGAUGGUCUGACCCAGGACCUCGAGGCUGCCAAGAAGGAUCUUGCUGCUUCCGAGGAGACCCAGAAGAAGCUUGCCGAGGAGCACACCACUGCCUUGACCAAGGCUCAGGGCGACUCUUCCGCUGAGCUCGAGCAGGUCAAGAAGGAAGCCGCCGAACUUGAGGCUAAGCUCAAGUCCACUGCCGACGAGCAUGAGGCUCUCAAGAAGGAGCGUGACGAGCAGGCUGAGAAGCUCAAGACUGUCACUGGCGACCACGAGACAUCUCAGAAGAAGCAGGAGGAGACCGAGGCUGAGCUCAAGGCCGCCACUGAGAAGCGCGAGUCCAUUGAGAAGGAGCUCAACGAGAAGUCAACAAAGCUUGCCGACCUCGAGCAACAGAUUGAGGAGGCUCAGUCCAAGGCCGCCAAGGCUGAAGAAGACCUUGACGCUUUCCAAACAGAGAAGAAGGAACUUGAGUCCAAGAUUGCCGAUCUUGAAUCCAAUGCUGCGAACUCCAAGGAGUCUGAGUCUGGCCUUACCACCAAGCUUCAGGAGGCCGAGGACAAGGUCAAGAACCUCGAGUCUGAGGCCGCAAAGGCCAAGGAGUCCGAGUCCGAGCUGAAGACCAAGGUCGAAGAGGCUGAGGCCAAGGUUGCCGCCCUUGAGGCUGACGCCAAGAAGGCUCAGGAUUCUGAGUCCGAGCUGAAGACCAAGGUUGAUGAAGCUGAGGCUAAGAUCGAGAGCCUUGAAGCCGAGGCUGCUAAGGCUAAGGAGGCCGUGGCCAAGGUUACUACUCUCGAGGCUGACGCCAAGAAGGCCCAAGACUCCGAGGUCGAGCUGAAGAAGCAGCUUGAGGAAGCUCAAGCCGCUGCUGAAGCCGAGAAGAAGGAGUCUGCUGACAAGACAAAGUCUCUCGAGGACGAGCUCAAGGAGCUCAAGGAGAAGUUCGCCAAGGCUGAGGAGGCCGCCCAGAAGGUCGAGUCUCUGGAGUCUGAGAAGAAGGCCGCCGAAGAGAAGGCCUCUGCUCUCGAGAAGGAGAAGACCGAUGCUGAGGACAAGGCUAAGGCAGCACAGUCUGCCUUCAGCAGUGCCCUCGAGAAGGUUAAGGCCAUCCAGGGUGAGAAGAAGGACGCCCUUGAGAAGGUUACAGCUCUUGAGGCUGAGGUCAAGGAGCUCAAGGAGAAGAGUGCCACCAACGGCACUGCCGAGGCUUAA